AUGGAACUCGGUAUGCACAUGGCUUGGCAACUUGCUCACAAUGAGAUCAACCAGGGGUGCAAUAAGAAUGUCGUGAUGUCUCCAAUCUCAAUGGGCAAUGCAUUGAAUUUGCUGGCUUUCGGUUCAUGGGGUCGUACCUUGGAGCAAUUUAUGCAGCUCCUUGGAGCAAAGGACUUGAAUGAUCUCAAAGCCAAAGCUUUCUCUCUCAAGCACUCUUUCAAGGAGUUUGCCAGAACCGUUUUCAAAGCAGAAGCCCACACUCUUGACUUUGUUAAUCAGGCGGAGAUAGUAAGGAAUGAAGUGAAUUUAUGGGCAAAGAGUGCCACAAAAGGGCUCAUAAAAGAGCUUCUCGUACAUGGCAUUAUUAAUCAAGAGACAAUACUCAUCCUUGCCAAUGCACUUUAUUUCAAAGGAGCUUGCUUUGACUUUUGGCUCUCCUCUAUGUGGUUGUUCACCAUAUCAACCUCCUCCACCUCCAAGUUUGUGGCAGACUAUCCGUUCAUAUUCAUGAUUAGAGAAGAGAUAUUCGGGGUCGUGUUCUUUGUUGGAGUUGUACUUAACCCGCUUAUGAUUAAUUGA